ACUAAUUAAUCCAAAACUCUAAUUUGUACUGCAUACAUAAAACAUUUCAAUAAAAUAACAGAUCAUUUACAAAAGCACAAUGGUUUUGCCACUAACGCUGUUGCAGACUUCUCAAAAUCACCCAAUGCUUGUUGAAUUAAAAAAUGGUGAAACAUACAACGGGCAUUUGGUAACUUGUGAUAAUUGGAUGAACAUAAAUUUAAGAGAAGUUAUUUGUACCUCACGAGAUGGUGACAGAUUUUGGAGGAUGUCUCAAUGUUAUAUUCGUGGUAGCACAAUUAAAUAUUUACGAAUUCCAGAUGAGGUUAUUGACAUGGUGAAAGAAGACAUUCAGAGAAAUAAACAAAAGUCUCAAGCUGUUCGUGGUCGUGGAGCACCUCGUGGUGGAAGAGGAGGCAGAGGUGGACGUGGUACACGAGGUGGUCGUGGAGGGCGUGGCAAAUCUGAUGGUCAUCAUGCUGAUUAGUUUUUUGAACAUUAUGUCAUAAUUGGAUUUAUUGACUAUCCAUUAUCUAGAGAUUUGCAAGAUAUUUGCAAUCUUGUGGAGUUCUAGAAGUAGUUGUGUUUUUAUAAAUGAAACAUUAUAUUAUGCUAUUUAAGAAUAGAUAAUGAAACAUUAUAUUACAAAUGUACAUGAAUAAAACUUUACUUUAUAAAAGUAAUUUAAUUGUUGGCAAA